AUGAAUGAUGGCACCAAAUUUUAUUUAAUACCAAUGAAAGGUGAACAAGCACGAUACUCGUUUGAUCCACGCAUUUCUGAUCACUCUGGUAUCCAUUGGCAUUUUUGGACCGCCUCGGGUCUACUUAAUGAUCAAAGAAUACAGGAAAUUAUUCGAAAAUAUCCGGUUCGACUUAAUCGUUCCUUUUAUCCCACAAUGGGUAGCCCUGAGCUACCACGAAUGGGAUCUGGAUUUCAGGAUUUUGUUCGUCGACACUAUCCAUCUCAAUGGAACGCCUUGGAAACAACAUUUUUCAAUGAAUCAGACAAGAAAAUUUAUACAGAUGCUGUUAAAAUCCACUUACAAUAUAUUCAUGAUAAUGAACCAAAACGUCUUGAAAAAAUCAUCUUAGAAGCAGCUGACAAUAUCUGGAAAGAACUACAAGAGUUGGAAGAUGUAAAUAUACUUGAGAUUGAAGACAAAGAAUAA